UGUGGUUGGUGGGUGUGAGGUUACGUGAUCGUUUUAGAAGCUGAUUGGUUGGCCACGUAGCCAGUGCCAAAGCCAAUUCUUCGGGAAGUUAGCGAGAAGGCUAAUUUCAAAGGUAGUUCUCUAAAUCUUGCUACAUGAAAACAAUGUGAAAUUAGUUUUUUUUUCAGCUUUAUAAGAAACAUUUCUUACAUUGAAGGGCACUGGUGAUGUCAGUGGACGGUUUAGUCAUUAAAGGACAGAGUUAGCAUUUCCCUUUUCCUCUCCUGGCGUCCACGGUUUUCCCGGCCAUGGCAGCCAUGGCCGACUCAGUGGUCAGUGACCAGCAGCGGUCAGGAUCCGGUCAGACCGUUCCUUCCAGAGGACCGUACAUUGCGGUGAUCACCAACAGAAGCACCAACCUGGUGAUCCGUGGGUUUAUGCUGUUCUCAAUAGGAGUGUUCCUGGCUCUAGUGCUCAACCUCCUGCAGGUACAGAGGAAUGUCACGCUGUUCCCCCCUGAUGUCAUCAGCAGUAUAUUCUCUUCCGCCUGGUGGGUGCCGCCAUGCUGUGGGACCGCCUCAGCCAUUAUUGGCCUGUUGUACCCGUGCAUUGACAGUCGUCUCGGCGAGCCCCACAAGUUCAAGCGGGAGUGGUCCAGUGUGAUGCGCUGUGUGGCGGUCUUUGUGGGCAUCAACCAUGCCAGUGCUAAAGUGGACUUUGCCAACAAUGUGCAGCUGUCCCUGACUCUGGCAGCCCUGUCCAUUGGCCUGUGGUGGACAUUUGACCGGUCCCGCUCCGGCUUUGGCCUGGGGGUGGUCAUCGCCCUGCUGGCCACUCUGUCCACUCAGCUUCUGGUCUACAACGGAGUCUUCCAGUAUACCUCUCCAGAUUUCCUGUACAUUCGCUCCUGGUUACCUUGCAUCUUCUUUGCUGGUGUGAUAACCAUGGGGAACAUAGGACGGCAGCUAGCCUUGUACGAAUGCCGACUUAUGUCAGAAAAGACGCAUCAAGACUGAGAACUUCUGUGCAUAUCAAACCUUUGUUACAAAUGACAUUUUUAUAGCAAUAAAAAGCCAAAAGGAGGAUGCAGAAGGACGUUUUCAUGCAGCGUUGAUGCGGAUUGGUCAACCUUGCUGGAGGUGGAGCAGUUAUGCACAGGCAACAAAUGAUGUGCUUCUGUUUAGCUGACAAGUGCUUUGUUAUAGGAAAAGACAGUGUUUUGGUUGGCUCCUAUGUGCCUAUUCAGGGCCUUGGGGUACAGACUUCAGUUAGCUUUGUUAAAAACAUUCAGUGUCUGGCCUAAUGAGAAGCACAAUAACUGCCGAUAGGCCCUAUACACAAUGCAAUCUGUGAUUGCAACUCAGUAGGCACCAAUAUCUGCUGGGCUUAUGUUCAGGUCACCUCAGCACCAGCUUUGCAUAGCCUUUGGCUCUAUCGUGCCGACCAGACUUACACAUACGAUCAUCUGAGUUAUUUUCAUUCAUUCUCUGUAUCUAUUAUAUUCUGGUACAACCUAUAGCCCAUAUAUGUAUAGACAAAUGUAUUCCAUGGUCUUUUUCAUGCAAUUUUUUUAUAUACACACACAGACAGACACAGUUGUUUUAUCUGAUGUUGAUUGUCUGUAUUGGUUGGUGGUCAUGGGCCAGGUGAAGAGUUGCAUCUUAGCAUUUAAUCAAGGCCAUCAGCAUCCUGGGUCCCAGUAGGUAUUUCAACCAACAGAACCAGCUCUUGGUUUUCUAAACAUGGACUUUUUUGUUUGUUGCUACAUUCAAUUAAACUGAUAAAAUUAAAAUGCAUUUACAAUGUUAUCGGCAUAUUUCACUUUGAUACUCUGAUGAGAUUCAAAACAAGACCAGGCUUCACCGUUUCUUAUUCAGUCAGUGGGUGCACACAAUAAUCCAUGUCAUGAGUGGGAUCUUGAAUCCAUGUCAUGAGUGGGAUUUUGAAUCCAUGUCAUGAGUGGGAUCUUGAAUCCAUGUCAUGAGUGGGAUCUUGAAUUCAUGUCAUGCUUGGGAUCUUGAAUCCAUGUCAUGAGUGGGAUCUUGAAUCCAUGUCAUGAGUGGGAUCUUGAAUCCAUGUCAUGAGUGGGAUCUUGAAUCCAUGUCAUGAGUGGGAUCUUGAAUCCAUGUCAUGAGUGGGAUCUUGAAUCCAUGUCAUGAGUGGGAUCUUGGGUCAGAGAUGACGACAUCUAAUGCCAGAUCUGAAAUUCAUCAUGAUGAUAUAAUACAGUGUUUCAUUCCUGGAUGCAGUUGGCCUUGAAUUGGAUUUCUUGUUGUAAUGCUUGUUGGAAAUGGAGACAUAGAUAAUGGGUUUUCUGUAACAACAAGUGAUGGUAAGACUGCUACAUGAAGGGAAUUCAAAUUGUUACUCUUUGAAACAUAUUGUAUGUAAUUAUACAUGGGUUGAAUUAGAAGGCAGCAUGUUUAGGAAUAAUCAGUGUCUCAAAACAGUGUUUCUGUAUAAUACAUUUUGCUAUGCAUGAUAAGGCAACCAUGAUAAGGCAGCCUGUUGGAUAAGACGGCGCUGAAGAUGCUAUUUAAGUCUUACUAUUCAAAAAAGGGACCUUUUUUGAAAACAUGGUAACAUGGAAUUCCUAGCAUGUCAGAGUUAUAGCUACAGUGAAAUAGAUGAAGAAAUAAAAAUAACUGGUUUAUUUCAUGUAUCUCUUCAGGAUGUGGCGGAUUUACUGGUUGAACUGUGAUGUUCUCAUCCACAUUCUGAAACAUAAACAUGCGAUUGUUUUGGUUUAAUAAAAGAAAAUGCCUUUUGUCGAUGAUA